CUUCCCACCCACCCACCCACCGGGCGGCGAGAACCUGUCACGUGACUUGCACCAGCCGUGCGUUGGUUGCAUUUUGACUCCGCGGAAGCGUCUCGCGCGUAGACCAGAAGACCGAAGGUACAGCGCAGCCGCAAGCAGAGAUAACUUUAUAUGAGCAUAUGAAAUGGUGAAAUUGGUUUGCACUUUAACACAUCACAGUGAUGAUGUUAACUACUGUGCCUUCUCCUCUUCCUACCUGGCUACAUGUUCUUUGGACAAAACGAUCCGUCUGUAUUCUUUAAGCAGUUUUGAGGAGCUUCCUUACUCACCGCUAAAAGGCCACACUUAUGCUGUCCACUGCUGCUGCUUCUCCUCUUCAGGACACAUUUUAGCUUCAUGUUCUACAGAUGGCAACACAGUUUUGUGGAAUACUCAAAAUGGAUUGAAACUGGCAGUGCUGGAGCACCCCUGUAGAAGCCCUGUACGAAUCUGUCGAUUCUCCCCUGAUUCUACGUAUCUGGUUUCAGGAGCAGCAGAUGGAAGUGUAAAUCUUUGGAAUGUUCAGUCCUUAAAAGUAUAUCGAUCUGGCAGUGUUAAAGAUGGCUCUUUGGUGGCCUGUGCCUUCGCUCCUAAUGGAAGCUUCUUUGUGACUGGGUCGUCAUGUGGAGAUUUAACAGUUUGGGAUGACAAAAUGAGGUGCUUACAUAAUGAAAAGGCUCAUGAUCUUGGAGUCACCUGCUGUGACUUUUCUGCACAGCCGCUUUCUGGGGAUAAGCAAGAUGUUAAAUAUUUCGAGAUGGCAUCUUCUGGUCAGGAUAGCUUAAUUAAGAUAUGGCUUGUUUCAUUCGCUGAUCCCAUAGGCCUUGAACUGAAAUGUAAGUGCACAUUGAAUGGACAUACUGCCCCAGUUUUGGCUUGUGCUUUUUCCUGUGAUGGGCGAACAUUAGUCUCUGGGUCUGUGGACAAAACUGUGAUGCUUUUUGCAACCAACACUGGAAACAUCCUACACAUUUUGACUCAGCAUACCAGAUAUGUUACAACUUGUGCCUUUGCACCAGAUAUGCCAUUAUUUGCUACAGGUUCAAUGGAUAAGUGUGUGAACAUCUGGCAAUUUGAAUCAGAGCAACUUUUCACAGGAAAUGCUCUAAUGGAGGAACCAAAGUUAUCUGUCGAGAACUGGUCAGAAGAAGACGUUUCAGCGUGGCUCUGCAAACAUGGAUUAGAAGAGCUAGUGGAGAUUUUCAGAAAGAACAACAUUGAUGGUGGUGAAUUGCUGAGCCUCACAAAAGAGAGUUUGGCUGGUGAUUUGAAAAUUGAAUCUCUAGGUCUCCGGAGUAAGGUGCUGCGUAACAUUGAGAAGCUGACAACUGAGAUGAAAUCUGGCUGUGUGGGGAUCCCCGACGAAUUCCUGUGUCCCAUAACAAGAGAGCUUAUGAAAGAGCCAGUCAUUGCUGCAGAUGGCUAUUCCUAUGAGAGAGAAGCAAUGGAAAACUGGAUCAUUAAAAAGAGGCGCUCCAGUCCCAUGACAAACCUCCCUCUUCAAAGACUUAUACUUACCCCAAACAGAACUUUGAAAAUGGCUAUCAAUCGCUGGUUAGAGACUCAGCCAGAAUAUAAGGAAAAACUGUCUUCAUCAAUAGCAGGAAUUCCCUCCCCUAACGCUUUAAAAAAAGGGGGGGGAAAUGAAACAGAGGUUGGUAAAUAAAUUUGAUUGCAAGUUCCUUGGUGCCGACUUUCUAUUUUUCUGUAUGUUAGCACCUGAACAUUGAUCACGCUGUAUAGUAUAUUUUGGCACUACAAAGUCUAAGUAUGAAGGAACUUUGUUGCUGCAUCUUAUAGAUCUUCAUGUAAUUUCUGUUGUGUUGAGCAUGGCCCAGCCAAAGUUACACUCAUUUGGUUGAUAUACUACACAAUAUUCUGCCUGCCAUGUUACAAAAUCUGUGUGCAAUUGUCCAAGAGCACUCUUUUGCAAAUGCAGAAAGUUGUGCAAGUGCAGUUCUAUGAUCGGCGGUCAUUGAAAAUAAUAGCCAUCGCUAAUGCAAUUGUCUUUGCACAAUCUAACCCUUGCUAACUGAGCAAGAGGCACCUUUUUAAAGUGGUGGUUCUCUUUAUUGAGCAGGGGGAGAAUGGGCCCUAUCAAGGGGCAUAGCUAUAAUUGAGCGAAAGGGUUCAAAGAACACGGGUCCCCCGCUCCUGAGGGCCCUGCAGGUCCAUCUUGCCCUAUUUUCUUCAUUAUCUCCUUCACUCUGGGGGGGCCACCAGAGAGAGGGAUGAACACGAGCCCCCUUUCCCCUAGCUACGCCUCUGGCCCUAUCUAUACCCAGCACAGCAUCCCUCUAGUGGCUGUUGCCAGUGCCUAUCUCAUGUUUCUUUUUUAGAUUAUGAGCCCUUUGGGGACAGGGAGCCAUUUUAUUUAUUUAUUUUUAUCUAUGUAUUUUUGGUUGAGAAGCAGUAUAUGAUUAUUUGCCAUAUUGUCACAUUUAUAUUCCGGCACUUUGUGCAAGAGCGCUCCUGCACAACUGUGCACGCAUUUUGUUACAAGGCAGAUGGAACGUUGUGCACCAUGUCAACCGCUUAAAUCCCGUUAAUGUCAGUAGGAAAGCUAAUCAUGUGUUUAUCUCUCUUCCAAUAAAAAAAAAGUUUUGGCUGGAUUGUGUUCAGUAAUUAGUAAUAGAAGUUGCACUUAGGUCUAUAGCUCAUGUAGCAACUCACGUUAUUAGUGUGAAUUAAUUGGAAGAGGUUGUUUUUUGUUUUCUUUAAAGUAAUUUCCAUAGAAUCUUGUACAAAUUUAAAUAGUUUUAAUCAUUUUUGAAAUGUUUUUAUAUUGUUUUAGCAUUGUUUUAAUUGUGGGUUUUAUGCCUUUUUAAAAGUUAUUGUACACCUCCCAGAGCCUCUGGAUGGGGUGGUUUAUAAAUGUAAUUAAUAAAUAAAUAAUAAAUUAAUAGAAAUUGUGCAUUUCAGUUAAUGGUGCAUCAAAUUAACUGAAAACAUGUAUGCUUCAAAACUGAAGUUUUGUUGACCAAAAAAACCACCCAACAAGAAGAAGAAGAAGAGAAAAAGAUCCUCAUGCCCCUUUCAAGCGAAGCACACUGAGCCCAGAAAGACUUAGAAGAAUGCUUAUCCAUAGUACUGUACAUUUGGCUUGCCCUGAUUAUAUGUGGCAUGGAAUACCAGGCAAGAUCACUCACAUCAUGCUUCCUUAAUUAGCUGCUAUAUAUUAUCUUCAGUGGAGCAUGAGCAACAACUAAUUGACAAACCUCUCAAAAUAUUCAGGGAAGCUAAUUAAAUGAGGACAUCAUCAAUGCUACUUAAUAUACUCCAGGGGACUUCAAGAUGCACAGACUAUCUAUGGUAGUCUCUGAAAGGCUGAAAAAAAAUGUGAUCAGUGGCAGCAGUCAAGCUCAUUGGUCAGCAAGCCAGAUUUUGAGUGGAGCCGCAGGACAGCACUCCUCAAAGGUUGCUCAUCAAUGCUCAGCUAUGACUUUGGGCGGAGAAGACAUAACCCAUAUGGGCUGGUAUGUAGUUCAUGUCAGGGAGAUGAACCAACCUGAAACCCAAAUCUGUAUCAGAGAGGCUGAACUAAACCACAUAUUGAACUCUCUUGAUUGCUUUGAACCUGAACUGAAUCCCAAGUACCAAAAAAAGUGGUGGGCGGUUUAAAGUAAGUGGCUUAAUAAUCUGACAACCAGAAGAAAAAGGAGGGUGGAAUAGCAGCAGGGUUGCAAAAUAUGGUUUUAGCCUUCUUUCCACUUUAUUAUGGACGGUGCCUUGAAAACAGACUCUUUCUAAAAUGUAUUGAGCCAAAUAAAUAACCUGUGAGAGGCAUCA